UGUAGUCUUAGAAGGUAUCCCGCCCCACAAAAAUGCUUACUGGAACUGUAACGUAUGGAGAGCGAGCAGGUGACUAGUAUUUGAAGAAAUGGUGGAUGUACUAUGAUCUCAGUAGACAUUCAGUCAGACGGUCUUUUAUGUGGCUGAGGUGGGGUGAUUUUUAUAUAUUUUUUUCUGUCAGCUGGAUCGGUUGAAAAUAACGAGAGGAGGGUGGCUACGGCUUUGGUAACAUGGAAUCUGUGAUUGUGGAAGGAGAUGAAGAGACGAUCCCACGAAGCAUUAGAACCGUGCACUGGAAGUUGCUGAGUAGUUUGAAAACUACAGUAGAAGGUCUGGUCUCUACAAAUCAUCCCAAUGUUUGGAGCAAGUAUGGAGGCUUAGAACGGCUUUUUCGGGACAUGAACAACAUAUUAUGUUAUGGGCUGAUUCAGGACAAGGUAUACUGCAUGGAGAAGAGUUAUUGGCCAUUUGUGAAGGACGUCCGAUGGGUUAGUCCACAUCUGGCUCACCAUAUUGAACAGUUUAUGCAUCUGGACGGAAGCAACAGACUUAAACACAUUCCUGAGAGUGAAAGAGAAAAAGCCGAGUACUGGCUUCUGCACAGUCUACAGUUCCACUCCCUGUCUGCACAGCUGAAGCCGCUUCUCGCUAACAAGCAAUAUAUCAGGAAAUUCUACAAAGAUACUGCUUUUCUUCUGAGUGAUGCCCAUGUGACUGCCAUGUUUCAGUGUUUGGAAGCUGUGGAGCAAAAUAAUCCUAAACUGCUGGCUCAGAUUGACCCAUCUAUGUUUGCUAAGAAGUGUGAGUCCCCUUCGCUGACGAAAAGCCAGAGCUUGACAAGCCUUCCUGGAUCCAGAUACGUGCCUCUUGCUGAAGGAGUACAGCGCAGGAGCACUUUGGCCUACAGCAGCCUUUUAGGAAAUCCCCUGACUAUAUGCUGUUUAUCAGGUGAUGGAAUGGAUACUUCACAUCCAAGAUACUCUGAUGUUCAUCAAAACCAAAUGGACAAAGUGCACAUUUCCUUGUUUGAGACUCGAUCCUGCUCUAAACAGCCUUCUAAAGUCCCAGAGUUCACUGUAACUCCAUCAGCUGAAGCAUUUUCACCCGUCAGUGAGACUACCAUGAGCUCUUCGACCAGUCCUAGUGAAGAUCUAGGGAGUAUUAGUCAAGAGGACCCCCAGAGCGAACUUGAUGAUGGACCUGAGUAUCUAGCUAUUGGAAAUCUUGGACGUAGGGGCCGAUCGUCAAGCCAAAGUAGUGGUAGCAUUAAAAGCAGUAAUUCAGAUACUUUGUGCUCAUUUAGUGCUGAGCCAAAAGAAGGUCCUCAAACUCAGGAUAAGGCAAGUGGAACUCUUAGUCGAACCCCAAGUUUACUCAGUCUUCCACGCAGAUCAAGCUUUUCUGAAGGACAAAACAUUGUGAGACAGAGCAGCAAGAAAAGUCACACCCGUUCACAUUCUGAUACAGGAUUGGCAUCAGGAAAAACAGAAGCUCUGAGACGCAUCACAGUUAUUGUUGAAGAUCCAGUGGAAGAAACUCACAGUUAUGCCUCACAACAGAAAGAAUUUGGCUGUUUCUUUACCCAGAAGAGUGAGGCCAGCACACUGUGUUCGCGCUACAUGGAAACCGAAGGUGUGAACUAUAUUAAUUCUCCAGAUGGAAUGUUCCGCAGACCCUCUGAAGGUCAGUCCCUCAUGAGCUACCUGGCUGAACAGGACUUUGGCAGCUGUGCUGACUUGGAGAAGGAGAAUGCCCAUUUUAGCAUCUGUGAGUCUCUGAUUGCCGCCAUAGAACUGAUGAAGUGCAACAUGAUGUGGAGACAGCUAGAGGAAGAGGAGGAGGAGAGUGAUAAAGAGAUACAGGAGUUGAAGCAGAAGAUCCGCAUUAGGAGGCAGCAGAUCCGCAACACAAAGCUGUUGCCCAGCUAUCAGGAUGCUGACUCUGACAAUUUUACAGCAACAGAUAGCGGAUCACAGCUGAGCUCUCAUGACUCCAUUCAGUUGUCUGAUUCAGGAUCCACAGAUGGAGUAGAUGAAUAUGAACUGAAAGAUGGGAGUGACGGAACUAACCUGAGUCAGAUGUCUAAGAGUGGACUUUCAGCCUCAAUGGCAUCACUGUUUUCAGAUGCUGACAUCAAGAAAAGCCUGACGUCAAGCAGCAGUAAGCCAUUUCACAACUCUGAAUCUGUCACUCACUUUUUCCUUCAUUCCAACUCUGCGGAGGCUGUGGCAAUGGGUCUGCUGAAACAGUUUGAGGGAAUGCAGCUUCCUGCUGCAUCAGAGCUGGACUGGCUUGUACCAGAGCAAGAUGCUCCACAGAAGCUCUUGCCAAUUCCAGACUCACUGCCAGUAUCACCAGAUGAUGGCGAACAUGCAGAUAUUUAUAAACUCCGUAUUCGAGUGAGAGGAAAUCUUGAAUGGGCCCCUCCAAGGCCGCAGAUCAUCUUUAACAUUCAUCCAUCACCCAAGAGGAAAGUGGUUGUGGCGAAACAGAAUUACCGGUGUGCAGGCUGUGGUAUAAGAACCGACCCUGAUUAUAUAAAGAGGUUACGAUAUUGUGAGUAUGUUGGCAAGUAUUUCUGUCAGUGCUGCCAUGAAAAUGCUUUGUCCCCUGUCCCAAGCAGAAUCCUUCGCAAAUGGGACUUCAGCCGCUACUAUAUCAGUAAUUUCUCCAAGGACCUGUUGAACAAGAUUUGGAAUGAUCCCCUCUUUAAUGUUCAAGACAUCAACUCAGCCCUGUACAGGAAAGUAAAGGCACUGGAACAAGUUCGGUUGCUUCGUAUCCAGCUCGUUCACAUGAAAAAUAUGUUCAAGACAUGUCGACUCGCUAAAAACCUUCUGGAUCACUUUGAUACAGAACCAGGUCACCUGACCGAGGACCUUCACCUGUAUUCUCUAAAUGACUUGACAGCCAUCAAGAAGGGGGAGCUGGCCCCGCGUCUGAAAGAACUUGUGAGAUUAGGAGCAGCUCAUGUUGAAAAAUGCAUGCUGUGUCAAGCAAAAGGAUUCAUUUGUGAAUUCUGCCAGAAUGAUAAAGACAUCAUUUUUCCAUUUGAACUUAACAAAUGCAAAAGAUGUGAAGAAUGUAGUGCAUGCUACCAUAAGAGCUGCUUCAGGUCCAAGAACUGCCCAAGAUGCAGCCGUUUGCAGACACGGAGGGAGCUGCUUGCUAAACAGAAUAUAGAUGUUUAUGCUUCAGAAGAAGAGCAGGCCACACUAGCACUUGAAGAGGAAUCCACAGGAUAGCAGGAAUGCAACACUGCCAAUACAGACUUCACACUCCCUUCCCCUCUAGUUUGUGCCACCUAAAGCUGCAAAGUGUUUACUGUAUGAUAAGCCAAGUCCUUGGACCCUUGCUCAAGUGACAUUGGUCUUUGAUAGUGUUACUAAAAUGGGAGGAAGUUUGCACUAAGGACCCAAAGCUUAGGAAGGGAGCUGACUAAUGUGCUGCACUUGGCCUGUCAUGCAGUAGUGAUCUAAUUGCCUCUAAGAGGUUGAAUUCAUAUUUAUACAUAUUUCCCCUAUCUUGCCGUUGUCAUCAGAGCAGAAGUCUGCAGCAAAACAGCAAGAUUCAUCAGCCUACAGAGCACUGAACGUUUAUUACUUUUAGAGCACAGUGUAUGAAAAGUGCUUUGUAAGACCUGUAGCUCCAGUUCUUCCAUUAGCUGUGACUUACGAACAGUCCUCUGUAGAAUUCCUAUUGUUGUUUUAGGAAGACGAGCAGAACUGCCAAAGAGAAGAGCCUGGAUGAGCCAUUUCACACUUUUAAAUGCCUCUCUGGUCUGAUGCCGUUGACGAAGUAUUCUGGGAUUUGUAAUUCACAGUCUUGGCACAGAAACAAGCACAAAUAGUAAUUCACUUUGAUUGUACUAUAGAAAAUAGUAAAGUGAGUCCCAUUUGUUUCGUUUGUAAAGAACACUGUAUAUUACUGCAAUGUCCAGGAUAUGUAGGCCUUCUUUCAGCACUGACAAUAGUGUUUGCUUCACUCUGGGAUUUUGCUUUUGCAGUAAAACAAAUAGACUGAUGUUUUUAAGCCUGUCACUCCCGAGCAAUAAAAGGAUGAGCAGGAGAUUAGUGGCUUGUUUCUCAACUGGACAAUGUUUUUCACUUUGUGUUUGCGACUUCAAUUUAGUCCUAGUUCUACUGCACUGAUUCACAUGUGUGCUGUGACAUUCCACUUUAGGCCUGUAAGAAAAAGUGA